CAGACUGUCACUCGCUGUAAGGGAGGUAUAAUGUUGCAAGAAGGAGCUCAGCUGGACCAGGACGCAAUUUGCUGUUCGAUAUGUCUGGAUGUACUUAAGGAGCCUGCGACUACUUCCUGUGGACACAGUUUCUGCAUGAAUUGUAUUCAAACCCACUGGGACAAAGAGGAUGAUAAGGAAGUCUACAGCUGCCCUCAGUGUAGAAGGAGCUUCACAUCGAGGCCUGUCCUGCUGAAAAGCAUCAUGUUAGCAGAUUUAAUGGAGAAACAGAAGAAGACUGGACUUGAAGAAGCUCCUGCUGAUCUCUGCUAUGCUGGAGCUGAAGAUGUGGCCUGUGAUGUCUGCACUGGGAGAAAACUGAGAGCCUGUAAGUCCUGUCUGCAAUGUUUGAUCUCUUACUGUGAGAAACACCUCCAGCCUCACUAUGAGUCUCCUGCCUUUAGAAAACACAAGCUUGUGGAGCCCUCCAAGAAGCUCCAGGAGAACAUCUGCUCUCGUCACGACGAGGUGAUGAAGAUGUUCUGCCGCACUGAUCAGCAGUUUAUCUGUUAUCUCUGCUCUGUGGACGAACACAAAGGCCACGACACAGUGUCAGCUGCAGCAGAGAGGACUGAGAGGCAGAGAGAGCUGGAGGGGAGUCGACUAAACAUCCAGCAGAGAAUUCAGGACAGAGAGAAGGAGGUGAAGCUGCUUCAGCAGGAUGUGAAGGCCGUCAAUGGCUCUGCUGAUAAAGCAGUGGAGGACAGUGAGAAGAUGUUCACUGAGCUGAACCGUCUCAUGGAGAAAAGAAGCUCUGAUGUGAAGCAGCAGGUCAGAUCCCAGCAGAAGAGAGAAGUGAGUCGAGUCAAAGAGCUCCAGGAGAAGCUGAAGCAGGAGAUCUCUGAGCUGAAGAGGAGAGACGCUGCACUGGAGCUGCUGUCUCACACAGAGGAUCACAACCAGUUUCUGCACAGCUACCCCUCACUGCCAGCCCUCAGUGAAGCUACACACUCCUCCAGCAUCCUUCCUCUGCCAUACCUUGAAGAUGUGAAAGCAGCUUUGUCAAAAUUCAGAGAUAAACUACUGGACGUCCUGAGAGAUAAAUGGACAAAGGUGUAUCUGACAGUGGGUGAUGUGGACAUGUUGCUGUCACAACCACAGCCCCAGACCAGAGCUGGAUUCUUAAAAUACUCACAUCAAAUCACUCUGGAUCCAAACACAGCAAACACACGUCUGUACUUUUCUGAGAGGAACCGAAAAGUAACUUCAACGCUAGGAGAAAGUUAUCCUAGUCACCCAGAAAGAUUCACUACAUACCCUCAGGUCCUGAGUGAAGAGAGUCUGCCUGGACGUUGUUACUGGGAGGUGGAGAAAGGUAUGGGAGGAAUUGCAGUGGCUGUAGCAUACAAAGACAAUGACACUGUAAAUGAACAAUUUGGAGAGAGUGAAAAGUCGUGGGCAUUAGGUUUUUACAAAGGUCGUUAUGAUUUCAGACAUAAGAAACACCAAGCUCCCAUCCCAGGUCCUCAGACCUCCAGGGUCGGAGUUUACCUGGAUCACAGUGCAGGUAUUCUGUCUUUCUACAGCGUCUCAGAGGAAACCAUGACCCUCCUGCUCAGAAUCAAGACCACCUUCACUCAGCCUCUCUAUGCAGGACUUCAUCUUUAUGCUCCCAUUGGAAACACUGCUGAGAUGUUGUGAGUUUAAGAAGUUAUUGAGAGGAAAAGAGGUAAUCCUCAGAUACUAGACAACUGUUGUUUUGGUAAAUGCAAAGAGUGGUUGGCCCUUGUGAUGCAGUUAG